AUGAUACAUGUUGCAAGCCUCCUGCACGAUGAUGUGGAUGAUGCGGAUACAAGGCGUGGUAUUGGUUCCUUAAACUUUGUAAUGGCUAACAAGAUAUCAGUAUCAGCAGGAGACUUUUUGCUCUCUCGGGCUUGUGUUGCUCUAGCUGCUCUUAAAAACACAGAGGUUGUAUCGUUACUUGCAACAGUUGUAGAACAUCUUGUUACCGGUGAAACCAUGCAAAUGACUAGCACAACCGAUCAGCGUCAUAGUAUGGACUAUUACAUGCAGGAGACGUAUUAUAAGACGGCAUCACUAAUCUCAAAUAGCUGCAAAGCAAUUGCAUUACUCGCUGGACAAUCAGCAGAAGUUGCCAUGUUAGCUUUUGAAUACGGAAAGAAUCUGGGUUUGGCAUUCCAAUUGAUAGACGACGUUCUUGAUUUCACUGGCACAUCUGCGUCUCUAGGAAAGGGAUCCUAAUCAGAUAUCCGCCAUGGGAUCGUAACAGCUCCAAUCCUCUUCGCCAUGGAGUUUCCUCAACUACGCAAAGUUGUUGAUCAUCUUGGAAAAGAUCCAACAAAUGUUGACAUUGCUUUAGAGUAUCUUGGGAAGAGCAAUGGAAUACAAAGGACAAGAGAGUUAGCUAUGGAACAUGCCAAUCUAGCAGCAGCGGCAAUUGGGUCUCUACCUGAAACAGAUGAUGAAUAUGUCAAAAGAUCUAGGCGGGCACUUGUUGACCUGACACAUAGAGUCAUCACCAGAAACAAGUGA